AGUACGAAUCCGCUUGGGCGUUUAGAAUUACUGAACUUGAUAUGUAUACAAUUCAAAUUUGCUUUACACAACAUUCUUAUGCCUAACGUGAUAAGAAAAUGGUGAAUCACAUAGCAGAGCGCAUACCUUGGAACUACUCGACAUACGUACUUGAAUUCGAGUCGAGUCAAUUCAGUCAGUCUCCCUUACGUUAGCGUUCUAGUUGUACGUUUCUCGCGGGUUCCAACGGAAAUUUGUCGAUAUUAUGUGGUCCGAACGAAGUAAUCGCUUAUCAAAUUUACAAUUAUGAUGCCUAUGGUAUAUACGGUGUAUGGUUUUGCCAUAUUUUUUAUGAUCGCGUGGGUGUGUCUGUGGUUAAUACACAUAAUGGCUCUGUCGUAUUCGAAGUGGAAGUUAUACAGAACAGUGGACCGGUCUUCGCCUGAACACCCAUACACGGGUGUAACAAUAAUAAAGCCGCUUACUGGCAUCGACCCGAACUUGUUAUCGAACCUCGAGACCUUUUUCACGCUGGACUAUCCAUCAUAUGAGAUACUGUUCUGUGUGGAGAGCGAAGAAGAUCCGGCGGUGAUGUUAAUACAACAGACGCUUCAACCGAAAUAUCCCCAUGUAGACGUGAAACUUUUCAAAGGCGGGAAACGAGUAGGAGUGAACCCUAAAAUAAAUAAUAUGCAACCCGCAUAUUUAGCGGCGAAGUAUCCGCUCGUGCUCGUGAGUGACGCUGGCAUCCGAAUGCGCGAGGACACAUUACUGGAUAUGGUGCAGCAUAUGCGUGACGACGUAGCGAUAGUGCAUCAGAUGCCGUUUGCGUGCGAUGCCGAAGGUUUCGCGGCGGUGUACGAGAAAGUGUACUUCGGGACGGCGCAGGCAAGAAUGUAUCUGUGCGCGGAUUUCCUAGGCAUCAAUUGUCAUGUGGGGAUGUCGUCACUGGUGCGAAAGGAGGCUUUAGACGAGGUGGGUGGUCUCGCGGCCUUCGCCGACUAUUUAGCGGAGGACUACUUCAUGGCGCAGGCGAUAGUGUCCCGUGGCUGGCGGAUGCGGGUGGCGUCGUUGCCGGCGUUGCAGAACGCGGGCUCGCGGUCAGUGGGAGCGCUGCGGGCGCGGCUGACGCGGUGGGCGAGGUUGCGUAUCGCGAUGGUGCCCACCACGACAAUGCUGGAGGUGCUCAGUGAAUGUUUGCCGCUCGGGGCCGGCGCCGCGUGGGCCGCUGGCCAACUGUUCGGCACGGAACCGUUACCGUUUUUCUUAGUGCAUGUGUUAGUGUGGUUUCUGUCGGACUGGUUGAUGCUGCGGUCGGUACAGAAUGGCUCGCCGCCGUUCACCAAAGUGCAGUUCCUGCUGGGGUGGGUGUGGAGCGAGUGCUGUGCGCCGUUCGUCCUGGCCACGGCGUUGUUUAGUCCGGAAAUCUCGUGGCGGACUCGCUGCUACCGUUUGGAUUGGGGUGGCCGUGCCCACGAACUCAAGCCACCUCAUACACAAAAGCUUUAAUUUGGUGAAUGUUUACAUAUUUUAAUGUAAAAAUGUUUAAUGCUCGCUCGUGUGUGGAUGUGAAUGGGUGAAUUUGUAAUGAUAAGUUUUUAUUUUAAUUCCUAUUUUAUAAUUUGUCAAUGAGUAUAAAUGCUCACAGAUAUUAUUUUAGAAAAAGAAAUGUACAAUUUUUAUGUUAAUUACAUCCAACGUUUUGAUUUUACAACAAUUUGCCAAUAUGGUCUGCUGAAAAUGCCAUUCAUAAACAAAAGUACAAUGUAUCUAUGUUAUCACUAACAGAUAUUAUCAUAACACCUUGUUUAUUGACAGUAUGUUUGAACACAAAUCAUUCACUUAUCAAUUGAGAUUCUGAACAUGCAACAUCUGGUAUACUACUUAUUUCAAUGUUAAUGUAGAAGGCUUAUCAAUUGAGAAUCAGAAUAUAUGGAUUCUCUGAUAUGUUACUUAAUUUCAAUGUUAAUAUAGAAAUUCAAUGCCAAAAGUUACUUGUGAAUGAAAAGUGACUAGUAAGAAAACUUAAAAAGUGGGUAUUAAAGAAUAUCCACAUAACAAUUAUAUUAAAACACAUCUAGUAGUGUCAUUUAUGAGUACUGAAGUUUGGAAAUACUUUAUUGAAGCCAAAUUAUACCAAUUACUAGCUGUAUUUCUCUUCCACCAUAUCUGAGAAAUUGAUCGGAUUGCACUAGAUUUUAUUAGAUUUUAUUACAUCCAAAUGCAACUAGGGAACAUGUGUAUUGGUUACAUAGGUUUUCCCCUUCGAUCGAUCCCUCCAAUU